AUGCUGGUGGCCAUGGACAUGGGCCAGGGGCCAGGCCCCAGUGCAACCAGCAACAAGGACAGGGACCUGCAGGUGCUGUCACGGGAACUCCGCCAGCUUCAGACCAAACACGAGAAGCUGAAGCCAGAGGUGGAGAAACACAGGCUUUUUGAAGACUAGCUGAUUAAGGUCCUUGAGAAGGUCCCUAAGGGCACCUGUCAGCUGUGGGGCCCCAGCUGGAAUGUCAGGGCCACAGCAGAAGGCCCACCUGCCUCAUCAGCAUCAGAGCCAGCGGAGACCCUCGUGGAGACCAUGGUGGAGCACUAUGGGAAACUCUUCACCAUCAACCAGGACACUCAGAAGCAUCUGGAGGCCUUUGCCAAGAUGGACCCGGUUGCCCGCCAGAGCCUAGAGUCUCUAGAGGACAGUCAUAAGGCUGAUCCCGGCCACAGCUCUCUGAAGCCUGGCCCUUUGCCUUUGGCCCAUAGAAGCCUCCAGAUCCAGCUGUGUCAGCGACAAAAGAGGUGUCACUCACUUAAGCAGGAAGAGUGGUGGGGGUUGGACCAGCGGGUCACCUACCAGAAAGACAGGGACAGCUGUAAUAAACAGCUGCUCAACUACAUGAUCACGGCCAUCAACAGCUUGGGCCAGCAGUGCUCCUGCUUUGCCCACAGCGCGCACAAGAGCAUGGACGUCUUCUCCAAGCUCGACCUGAUUCAGGAAUUUUUGUUGAACAAAAUGGAGACAGUGAAAUUUGUAUCACUGCUCAGGGGACAGUGUCAAGAACCAGGGUCUCAGAAGAUACCCCAGGUCUUCAAGAAAUGCCCAAGGGAUCAAGGUUCGGUCCCCAAAACCUCCUUUCCCAGCACCCAGACUUCAGCGCAUUGCACCCCAUACUGACCAGGCCGGCCCUGCCAGCAUUUUGAGGGUCUCCUUAGCCCCUCCCCUCCUUUUCUCACCACAGCGCCCCAGAGCGGUUGGGAGCUAGCCUGGGGUAAGGGUGCUGUUC